AUGUUUGUGGCAGUUGACUCAGAUAAGGAAGGGAUAAGGAAUGAGUACAAUUCUAAUGAGGAUGUGGUGCAAGACAGGAAUCCAAAGUUUAAUCCAAAGAUAGACAUGAAGGACCCUCAUUUUUGCAAGGGAAUGAAAUUUGCCUCAGUUAAGAUACUCAGAGCUGCAUUAAGAGAGAGGCCAAUUCAGGAUGGUUGGGAGGUGAUGUUUCUGAAGAAUGACAGCAACAGAGUUAGAGCCAUUUGCAAGGCUGAAAAUUGUGAUUUUGAACUGUUUGCAUCUAAAAUGCAACAUGAGAGCACCUUGCAGAUUAAAACUUAUGUUGGGAAGCACAACCGUGCUAGGGUAUUGGACAACACGAUGGUGAAAACACCAUAUCUAGUCCACAGGUUUGCUGAGCAUAUCAAGCUCAAACCUAAUAUCUCAACAGCUGCUGUGAGAGCCAUGGUUUCAUUCCAGCAAGUUUAUAGAACUAAGAGGGCUGCUCUGAGUAUGCUUGAGAGAAGCAUGAAGGAGCAAUAUGCAAAGGUGCAGGAUUAUGCUAAGGAGUUGAAGAAGCCAAGAUUCAAAGCUGGAUGUAGACCACUUCUUGGAUUAGAUGGAUGUCACCUCAAGAGUGCCUAUGGUGGUAAGCUGUUGUCAGCAGUGUGGGUGGAUGCUAAUAACACAUCCUGGGUGGUUGCUUAUGCACGUGUAGAGAUGGAGAGCAAGGAUUCAUGGGACUGGUUCCUGGGGCUAUUGGUUAAGGAUUUGGAGAUCACUGGUGAAGAAAAUGGUUUUACUUUCAUUUCAAACAAACAAAAGGGGCUUCUACCUACAUGUGAAGAUGUGGUACCACUAGCAGAUCACAGAUUAGGUGUGAGGCACUUGUGGACCAAUUUCAACAAGCUAUUUCCUGGCAAGGUAAUGAAGGACCAGCUGUGGGCAGUUGCCAAGUCCACAACCAUGGCUUACUACCACAAAGAGAUGGUUCUGAUGAACCAAAUGGAUUCAGAGGCUCAUAAAUGGUGA